UGCGAAAAUCAAGUCUAUCGAUAACCGGCGAAUGCGCAUCUAAUUGGAGUAAAAAUUAAACACAAAAGAUUGUUUUUUAAUGCGGAAUUAGCCAAGCUGCGGAAAAACAAUAGCGGUUAAUUGCGAAAACGAGUGCACAGUGGGCGGAGCAACAACAACUGCGUGGCGUGGAGACACGAGUGCGAGCGAGAGGGCUGAUGCGGUAGUGGCCCAUCCGAUUCCCUAGGAUUUUUUUGCAGGCAGAAAGGAACCUUUUUUUUUUUUGGAGGACAACGCGAGCUCGGCGUGCUCCGGCAAGGACAACGAUGGCCAGCGAGCCCGAGAACAAGCCGCCCAUACUGCACAUACUCGUGGUGGGCUUCCACCACAAGCUGGGCUGCCAGGUGGAGUUCUCGCACCCGCCACUGAUUUCGGGCUCCACGGGACGCCACGAGUGUCCCUCCGGCUGGAAGUAUCUGCCCACUCUGGCCCUGCCAGACGGAUCGCACAACUUUACGGAGGACACGGUGUUCUUCAACCUGCCCAGUUUGUACGAGCCUGCAGCGAGUAUCUAUGGCGUAUCCUGCUACCGACAAAUACCCGUGGAGAAGCUGAAAAUCCGCACGGCGGACGUCACACGCAGCACGGUCCAGAAGUCCGUGUGCAUCCUGGCCCGCCUGCCCAUCUACGGGUACAUUGAGGUGAAGCUGGCGCUGAUUGCCGACGCCUUUUUCGAUCAGGGCGACUUCUCCGGCACAGAACUGCUGGUCAAGGCCUACCAGCAGCUGAACGCCUGCCUUCAGGAUGACGAAUCGCGUCGGCCACUGCGCCACUUCCAUGUCGGCUUGUCGUUGCGGGAGAUAGUGCUCCAUUGGCGCCACAAGUCGCUCAUGCUGUUCAAACUUUUGCUCCUGCAGCGACGUGUGGUGUGCUUCGGCUCGCCCGUGCGCCAGAUGUGCGUCCUCAUCCUGGGCAUGGCCUCGCUGGUGCCGCGGCUGCUAGAGAAGGGCUUCCAGGAGGUGGCCUGUGUGCGCACCUCCCGACCUCUGUCGCCCAUGCCCGACUUCACGGACUCGCUGCAGCGGGAGGCUCAGGCGGAAGCAGAAGCCGAGGCCGAGCUAGAGGCAGUGGCCGCCGGCCGAGGAGUUGGUCAUGAGGAGCAGAAACUCACGCCGGAGAGUGCCACGGCGGCGGAGGGCGAGGCCGAGGAGCUGGCCUUUGUCUCAUCCGCUGCCUCGGCGGGCGAAGAGCAGGCCAGCGGCGACGACACCUCGCCCCGUUCCACGCCCAACUCACAAUCGCAGGACUCCUCGAACGGCAGGAACAGCUCGCUGACCCGAGAGGCCAGCGUGGACACACUGGCGUCAAACCUCGCCGCCCUGUGCGCUGUAAAUCCGGAUGAGUAUCGCGCGCCGGUCAGCAUCUUCGCCAGCGGCAAUCUCUGCCUGCCGUAUCUGUCGCUGCCGUACAUGGACCUGCUUAGCGAUCCCAUGGUGCUCUCCUAUGUCAUCGGCACCUCCAACGUGCUGUUCCAGCAGAAGCGUCAGCUGGCUGACGUUUUGGUGGACAUCGAGGCGGCCAAUCUGGACUCGCACGAUCCGGAGCUGAGGCGUCAACUUGUGCUGAGCACUGAGGACCUGCGCUACAUGGACUACAUCAUGAAGCACGUACAAUCGCCCAAGGAGGAUGCCGAGGGCAGCGAGUAUUGGAUCCGGGAACAGUUCCAAGGCUACAUUCUGGCCCUCCUGCGGACGGCCGUGGCUCCUGAUGCCACGCCCAAGGACAACGAUCAUUUCAAUGCGCAUUUCAUGGCCGCCUUUAAGCGCACUCAAUGCUUUCAGGAGUGGUAUGAUGUGAGACCCGAACCCGAGUUCUUUGAAGCCCUGCCCGCUGGUCAUCCCUUUGCCGGAACUUUGUCCGUGGCGGAUAUGAAACUAAAACUUGCACAAACCAUGCAGAACAGCGAGAGCGGGCGGAAGAUCAACCAGGCGGUGAACACCACAAGUCGAGCGGUGGGCGGUGCGAUUUCGCAGGCCAAGGGCGCCUUCUCCAGCUGGUGGUCAUCCAUCACAACGCCGCCAGCGAAUGCCAACACGUCAGCGACAAACAGCACCAAUGGACAGGAGGGUGAUGCGAGCGAAGGAGCCAGCGCGCAAGAGAUCUCAGUUACAUUCCAGAACCACAAGGACGUUGAGGACCUGGACGUGGCGGGGGUCAGCAUUCACCUGGCUGGCCAGGAAGAGGCACACGAGUCGCACGAGUCCCAAGUCACGAGUUGUGAGCAACCGCAGGGCAUUGUUGAGAUCGGACGCGAGGCGGAAAUGCUGGACAAAGCUGAACCGCCGGAGGAAGCCAAGGUCUCGGCCGCAAGUCAAGCCAUUCGACCAGGAUGUGGCGGAGAUGUGGCCACCUCAGCUGUGGAGCGCAGCAGUGGCGAUGUCUUCAUUGUCUGAGGAUAUCAGCACUAUCGAGAGCAUUGUAUAAAAUUGUUCUAAGCUAAAUGAUAAUUAUUUAUUACGCAACAAAUUGUCUCAAUGUUGAAUUUAUAUUUCCUACUCGUGCUCGUCUCGUUUUGUGUAUACCCAAACUCUAAAGGAAGGUUGACUUGUACACCCAAUUGUAGGGAUUAAAUCUAGGGACAAUUAAUUGCCAUAUUGAAUUCAAUUAAAAAGAAAAUUAAGUAAAUUGUAUACCUAUACAAAUAUUAAAAGCUAAGGAACUUAUCUUUUCAGGGAAACAUAAAACACUUAAAAACAAAUAUAUGUCUGUAUUUUAUUAUAUGUUGAUAUAUGUAUAUGUAAUGCAUACUUUGAAAAUGUGUAAAAUUCAAUUUGUACUUAAAAUUGUAUUAAAUAUAUAUUAUAAAAAAUGUAUAUGCCCUAUAAAAAAUAUUUUCAAACAUGUAAGAUUAGUAUGGCAUAGAAUUGUCUCUUUAUUGCUUUCCCCCUGCAAGUUUUGGGGUCACAAGUCGAUACCACCCUGACCUACACUCAAUUGGCCAAAAGAUAAUAUUAUUUGAUAUUUAUAGAUGCGUACACCUAAGUUAUCCUUGCCGUCUCCACCCACCACUCAGUGUAUAUGUAUAACCAUGUAAAGCUAAACCGUUCCAAGUGCAAUUUGUAAUCCAAAAAGACAGCGGAGAUCCGUAACAAAAGCAGAAUUCGUGUGGCAAUAAGCAACUAAAGAAAAUGGGAUAUUAUGGAAAGACCCGACCCGACCUUGUCCAGGGCUCGCUGUGUCCCAAUCUAUUUACCUAAUCCAAAUGUAAUCCAAAAUAAAUACAUUUCAUAAUGCAUUUAAA